UACAAAUCUGUGUGUGUCAUUGUAUGAAAAAUUGUGCGUGUUGCGCGUCGUUCAUGAGACUGAACUCCGAGGGGACAAUACACGCGUACAUGGGUGUGUGUGAAUACUUUCAACUAGAGCCCAACUACGAGUUUCUGCGGGUGAAAAAUUGUUUGUCAUCAACCAAAAUUUAGUCCUCAUUGUUAACGUCAUAUUUGCAUUGCUGAAAUCACACAUCCGCACAAUGUUGACAAUGGAGGAUGCCAACAGCGAAACAUGGAUGUAUUCAAAAUAGAUUUGGAACAGUCGCAUAUCCAUUCGAGUCUCGUUGACAGCAACAACAGCACGAAUAAUUGUAACCAAACACAUAAUCUAUACACGCCCGGCGGCAUAGCCGGUGUCGUCGACAUCAAUCGUGAACUGCAGCACAGCUCCACCCACCAACAUUGCAACAACCAGAAUCUACUCGUACAUCAGGUCGAUCCUCGGCAACAACGUCAGUCUUAUAGCAGUUUAAAUGGUCAUACCGGCUUCGGGAAUGACGACACUGAGGACCGCAACAACAACGACAACGAUAACGACAUUGACGAUGACGACGAUCCCUUGCCUGAAGUAAGUUUUGAUGCCAACUCCGAUUUCAAUUUGCACUUCUUUGACACACCCGACGAUUCGUCGACGCAAGGUGCUUUCAGCGAAACUGGUUCCCUUGAAUCAGACGCCUAUGCGACUAGCUCAACACCCACACCCACACCACCACCACGAGCACACUUGCUAAAGGCUGAAACAUUGAGUGAAGAGUCUACGACGACAAUAACCUUAACCUCAGCUCCAACUUCAACUUCAGCCUCAGCCUCCGCAGCACAAACACUCAUUGCGAGCUCAAUAAGCAAUUCUAAUUGCAAUUCGAAUGCGGAAGUUGAUGAUGCUCUAAAGUUGUUGACAGAUGAUUGUACGUCCUUUUAUCAGCAUCAACUUCAUCAGCAGCAUCAGCAGCAUCAACAACAUCAAUCGUCAUCGUCCUCACUAAACGGUUCCAUCGCUCCAUCUUUAGGCAUCACUACUAAUUGCGUUGCUUAUUUAGCUGCCUCUGCGAACAGCAACAAUAACAACAACUGCAGCAGUAAUACCCCAACACAAUCAAUCAACGUUGGCAUCUCCUGCAAUUCCGUCAAUUCAUCGUCAUCAGCGGCAUCAACCCCCGCCUCAUCAUCGCACUCGUCAUCGUCAUCAUCAUCAUCAUCGUCGUCAGUAUCUUCGUCAUCACCAAUUGCAUCGAGCAACGGCAACAGUGUCGCAGCAGCCACAGCAGCCUCACAUAUCAUAGCGCUUGGCGGAGGUGGUGGUGGCAAUGGUGGAGGUACAUUGUACUCCAACACCAGUCUCCAUUCAUUCUGUCAAUCGCAUUCGUCGUCCUCAUCCGGCUGCUCUUCAAAUUCGUCGGCCGGCAGCAGCUGCAGCCACAACGGCCACAUCGCGGCAAGUGCCGGUGGACACAACAUUGGACGUUGUAACGGAUCCACAAUACUAUCGGUGGUUGCUGAGCAUUGUCUUGGAGAGCGCCAUCAUUCAACAGCAGCAGCAGCAGCAACAGGAGCAGCGUCAGCAGCAGCAAACAACUCGAACACAGCGAACUCGUGCAUCGCCAUCACCAACUCUACAUUGGCUAAUGUGAAACUGUCACAGGAUCAGCAAUUUGCCAUAGCGGACUCCAACUCCAACAGUGUCACGAAAUCAUUUGUGCCGUGUAAAGUUUGUGGCGACAAGGCGUCCGGCUACCAUUAUGGUGUAACCUCAUGCGAGGGUUGUAAGGGUUUCUUUCGCCGCAGCAUACAAAAACAAAUCGAGUACCGUUGUCUGCGCGAUGGUAAAUGUCUGGUGAUACGUUUGAAUCGCAACCGUUGCCAGUAUUGUCGCUUCAAGAAAUGCCUGUCGGCGGGCAUGAGUCGAGACUCUGUUCGUUAUGGUCGCGUACCCAAGCGUUCACGUGAGCUGAAUGGCACACCCUCGUCCACGGAUGAUCCGAAUUCGCUUGUGCGUGUGAAUACACCGAAUACACCGCAAACGCCACAAAUGUGUUCAGUCGCCUCGUCACCCUCCGAAUUGGGCUGUACGGGCCAAAAUAGUGUCGCCAACACAGCCAAUACACCCGGAUCUGGUGGAGUUGGUGGUAUGGGUGUUGGUGUAAAUAUGAGUGUCAGCGUUGGUGCCGGCGGUGCUGGCGGUAUAAUGGGACAAUGCGGUAAUGUUAGUGUCGGCAAUAUGGGUGUUGUUGGUGGCAAUGGUGGUAACGUUGGUGGGCAUACAAAUGUCGAUAAUAACGGUUGUGGCGUGGUUGACUUGCAAGGCCCAACCGCCGAGCUUACUGUUUACGAUGUGAUUAUGUGCGUCUCACAGGCGCAUCGCAUGCACUGCUCAUAUACGGAGGAGCAAACACGCGAACUGAUGCGGCGACCGGUGGCGGUGCCGCAGAAUGGAGUAAGUACAUGCUAUAUUGCCACUUCAGUAUCGGAGACAAUGGAAUUUCAGAAAAUUUGGCUGUGGCAACAAUAUGCGGCGCGGGUCACGCCCGGCGUUCAACGCAUCGUGGAGUUCGCGAAGCGUGUGCCCGGCUUUUGUGAUUUCACACAAGACGAUCAACUGAUACUCAUCAAAUUGGGCUUCUUUGAGGUGUGGCUUAGCCAUGUCGCGCGUAUGAUCAAUGAUGCAACGUUGACAUUCGAUGAUGGCACUUACCUGACACGACAACAACUGGAAAUUCUCUAUGAUAACGACUUCGUAAUCUCCCUAGUGAAUUUCGCCAACACACUCAACAGUUACGGCCUCAGUGAUACCGAAGUGGGCCUCUUCUCCGCCAUGGUAUUGCUCGCCUCCGAUCGUUCCGGCCUCGCUGAACCCAAAGUGAUUUCCCGAUCGCGCGAACGCGUUGCCGAAGCAUUGCGCGUGCAACUCGUCCGUUCACGUGCCGGCUCCACACAAGCACUACAGCUGAUGCCAGCACUGGAGGCUAAAAUACCCGAAUUGCGUUCGUUGGGCGCCAAACAUUUCUCACAUUUAGACUGGCUACGAAUGAAUUGGACGAAGCUGCGAUUGCCGCCACUCUUCGCAGAAAUAUUCGACAUACCCAAGACAGAGGAUGAUCUGUGAAGAGAAGAACAACUAGAGACUGCCUAUAACAAGUUGAACUGAAGGAAGGAAAUAAAAAUGUGACGCAAAUUUCAGCUGCGAAGUAGCAGCGAAGAAGUGGCUAAAGGGAAAGCGGAUAUAGUGAAGAAGAAAUGUAAGCAGCAAAGAGAAAUAUGGGGAAACGCGUAGCUUUCGCAUGUGAAGAAGUUGUAGCUACUCAGACUAGACACACAGUUAGCAAAAAAGAGAUUUUUGAAUGUGAGGAAUAAAUGAAAAAAAAAAGAAAAAACAAAUUCAAUAAAUAAUAACAUUAAUAUUAUUAAUGACACUACUAUACUACGUUUUUUAAAAUAAGCGUGAGUAGUUUUUAAGCAAAAGAAACCAUAUUUACAAAUAUUAUUAGUUCAUAAAUAGAUGAAAAAAUGGAAAAUAUUAUUUAAAAUAAUUAAAUUUUUAAAAGUUGUUUAUAUAAUUUUAAAUAGCAGUCGUAGAACGAAAUGUUCACAGCGGAAAUUAAAAUACAAAUCUUUUUUGUUGUUUAUAAAAUAUUUUUAAAAUGA